AUGACGAUGAAUUUUGGUAACAUGACCCUUGGGGGUGCCGCGGCAACCUUUGGGGGUCAAUCAAACCCCAUGUGCAACUAUACCAGCCCUCUUGCCAAGAAGUUCGUUUAUAAGGAGCUGGGCAAGGUAUACUAUCCCCUUCGUCGACAUGUCUUUCGUCUGAAGGUGCGCACCGCAGCUGAAAUUCGUUUUAACGAAAUUGUAAAGAGAUAUAUGAAGGACAAGAUGAGUUUCAAGAAGGGAUGCUAUGCUGCGACCAUUACAAAUACCGUGGAAUUGGACCAUAUGGGAAGCAUUAUUCCAAAGGAUGAGUACGAAGUGCGUCGGCUCACAAGCUACAUGACAAGUAAGAAAAUGAGCAACGACUACAAAAAACACAUUCAAGAUCUGUGGACCCGUGUGCUUUUCGUUUGCGAAUCUACAAAUCUUGUUGGCGCUACUGAAAACGCCAUGCACCACAACUCGCGCCCUGGCACAGAUGAGGAGUUUAUGGCUCUUAUUUGGUAUUCGACCUUUAUUGCUACGUUCUCCGCAUUUCUUUUAACCCUUUGUGUGUGGUGGUACAGGUACGGACAGGCUCCGCAAUACGCGGAGUUCAAGUAA